UGUAGUAGAAAAAUGAAGAGAUGGGGGCGCAGGGCCAGGUAAGCAUGGCGAUGGCAAAGAAAGAAGACGACCUGCCUGCUUGGUUGGCCUAUAGAUGGAGAAUGGGUCCUUCAUCAGUAGUGCCAGUCUGUAACACACACAUUUCCUCUUUUAUUUAUAUCAAUCAAUCAUCUUAUCAUGAUAAUGACUACAAAUUAGGAGUAUUCCAUACCCUUUUCCUUGUUUGGACUAUCUUCAAUCAUGAGUCUUUUUGGCCUUGCUAAUAGAAACCAGAAGACUUUUCGUCCUAAAAAGAAUGCUCCAUCAGGAAGCAAGGGUGCACAACUUAAGAAACACAUUGAUGCUACUUUGGGUAGUGGGAACUUGAGGGAAGCAGUACGCCUACCGCCUGGAGAAGAUCUUCAUGAGUGGCUCGCUGUAAAUACUGUUGAUUUUUUCAACCAAGUGAAUAUCUUGUAUGGCACUCUCACAGAGUUCUGCACCCCAUCGAGCUGCCCGACAAUGUCUGCAGGGCCAAAGUACGAGUACCGUUGGGCCGACGGAGUUAAUAUAAAGAAACCCAUAGAAGUUUCUGCUCCAAAAUAUGUGGAUUAUUUGAUGGGUUGGAUAGAAACUCAGCUAGAUGAUGAAUCAAUUUUUCCCCAAAAUUUGGGUGCGCCAUUUCCGUCUAACUUCCAGGAUGUUGUGAAGACAAUAUUUAAGCGAUUAUUUCGUGUAUAUGCUCAUAUCUAUCAUUCACAUUUCCAAAAGAUUAUCAGUCUAAAAGAAGAAGCUCAUAUGAAUACUUGCUUUAAGCACUUUGUUCUGUUCACAUGGGAGUUCCGCUUAAUUGACAAGGCAGAGCUUGCACCUCUCUAUGAGCUCGUUGAGUCUAUUCUGCAGCUUUAGUGAUGUUGUAAUUCAAUUCAUUUUCUACAAUUAUUUUUCUUUCUUUCAUCAUUCAUUGAUUAGUUUGUGUGAGGAGAAGAUGGUUUUGAUGAUGGACAGGGAAAGCCCAAAAGAUGUGGGAACUUGUCCGACCCUUCGAGAAUUUACCCAUUUAUAUGAACUUCCAUGAUUUUUAUUAUUGAAUUGUACCACCUUAUGCUAGCAUUCUCUGUAAUUGAAGAAACUUCUUUA